GGGCGGGGAGAAUGCCUUCUACUGAGCGCAUGCGUCCAGAGCGGGGAUGAGCGUGAACUGUUUUGUGUUGGCCGCGUUCGGCGCUGGCUUAUGCGCAUGCGCAGUGAGCCUCGUUCUCUGUCACAGUGGUUCUUCAGGAUGAGUUUCAUGACCUGCACUACUUCCCCACUACUGCAUAGUCCUACUCCUUUGGGAUUCUGUAUUGUAAAGGAACUGAGGGACGGUUGGGUCUGCUGAGCCGUUUAUGCCUUCAGGUGAAGGGAAUGCGAGGACAUCUAGGUGCACGCCUGGCACUGGUGGCCAAAAAGAAUCCAAUCUGGUCCUGCAUGCACACCACAAGUGAAAUCCACAUGGGCAACGCUUCUGAAAGAGAGACAGAGUUGACACUGCAGAAGAAUUUGUUCUAUCAGGCUUACUUUGAUUAUAACCACCUGAUGAACAGAUGACUCAUGAUUCCACUAUGACAUCAGGAGCUGCUUCCUCCACAUUUGCACAGAAGGUGAAAGGAAAGCAAAAAGGAGAAGAUAAUGAUGUGGAAGUGUUCCCGAACUGACAUGGAUCAAACCAGACUUCAUUACCAGGCAAAAAUAACCAACUGAUCAGGCAUACAUGAACAACAUUACCAAGAAGACUCCCUCACAUAAAUGAAUCCUACAGCUAUCCUCUAAUCCUACUUUUCCCGCUGGAGGAGGAGUAGGUAAACAACAUGAAGCAAAACUUGGCAUCAUCAGUUAGAUUUAUUUUGCUGCUUUUUCUGAACAUAGAGUGUUUGAAUGAGCAAUCACCUCCUGGAAAGCCUGAGGUUUUGAAGUGUCGUUCUCCAGAAAUGGAAACCUUUACUUGCUGGUGGAAGCCUGGCUCAGAUAGUGGACUUCCUACCAACUACACUCUGCUCUACAACAAGGAAGGAAAAGAACAAAUUUAUGAAUGUCCAGAUUACAGAACUGCAGGUCCCAAUUCCUGUUACUUUGACAAAAAGCACACCAAUCUCUGGACAUCUUAUAACAUUUCUGUAAAGGCAACUAAUGAGGUGGGAAGUAACAUCUCUAACCCUCAUUAUGUGGACGUGACUUCCAUAGUUCAGCCAGAUCCUCCUGUAAACCUAUCUCUGCAAGUAAUACAAUCAGCUGGAAUAUUGUAUCUUUGGGCAAAGUGGUCUCCACCUCCAUUGGUUGAUGUCAGAUCUGGUUGGCUUAUACUUCAUUAUGAAUUACGACUAAAGUCUGAAGAAAGGGAAGAGUGGGAGACUAUUUUUGUUGGACAGCAAGCACACUAUAAGGCGUUUAAAUUACAUCCUGGAUUGAAAUACGUUGUACAGGUUCACUGCAUGCUAGACCAUGGAGAAUGGAGUGAAUGGAGCUCAGAAAGUUACAUUCAGAUCCCCAAUGGGCAGCCCCCUGGAAGGCCUGAGCUACUGAGGUGUCGUUCUCCAGAAAAGGAAACUUUUACUUGCUGGUGGAAGCCCGGCUCAGAUGGAGGACUUCCUACCAACUACACUCUGUUCUACAGCAAGGAGGGAGACAAGUCAAUCAAUGAAUGUCCAGAUUACAGAACUGCAGGCCCCAAUUCCUGUUACUUUGGUAAAAAGCACACCUCACUUUGGGCAAUCUAUAAUAUCACCAUAAAGGCAACCAAUAAGAUGGGAAGUAACAUCUCUGAGCCUCAGUACGUGGAUGUGACUUACAUAGUUCAGCCAGACCCUCCUGUGAACCUGUCUCUAGAAGUAAAAAAACAAGUAGAUGGAAAACCAUAUCUGUUGUUGAAAUGGUAUCCACCUCCACUGGCUGACGUCAAAUCUGGGUGGCUUACUCUUGAAUAUAAGUUGCGACUAAAACCUGAAGAAGGGAACGAAUGGGAGAUAAUUUUUGUUGGACAACAAACACAAUACAAGUUGUUUAGUUUAAAUCCAGGAAAGAAAUACAUUGCACAGGUACACUGCAAACCGGACCAUGGAGAAUGGAGUGAAUGGAGCUCAGAAAGUUAUAUUCAAAUCCCCAGUGACAUAGAGUUGAAGGAUGUGCUCGUCUGGAUCUUUGUGGCUGUAUUAUCAUCUGUUAUUUGCUUAAUCAUUAUCUGGACGGUGGCUUUGAAAGGCUUUAGUAUGGUAGCCUGCAUCUUACCACCAGUCCCAGGGCCCAAGAUAAAGGGACUUGAUACACAUCUGCUAGAGACAGGGAGGUCCGAUGAGUUUUUGAGUGCUCUGGGUUGCCAAGACUUCCCUCCAACAUCAGACUGUGAGGACCUACUGGUAGAAUUUCUGGAGGUAGAUGACAGUGAAGAUCAGCAACUGAUGCCAAGUCAUGAAAAAGGUCAUCCCAGUAAAAAUAUGAAGUCAACACACAAGGAAACAGACAGUGACUCGGGGAGAGGGAGCUGUGACAGCCCUUUCCUACUCUCUGAGAGGAGCAGGGAUCCCAGAAUCCUUCCAUCAGCAUUUCAAACACCAGAUAUCAGUGAAAUUUCAGAAAAUAAUGCCAGAAAAAACAGCUGUGAAAUUCAGAGCACAGACCUAAAAGGGAAAAUACCCUAUUUUAGCAUUGGUGGUACAAAGUUAUCUACGUGGCCUGAAGCUCAGCUACCUAACAACCAGACUCCUAAAUGCUCCUACCACGACAUUACAGAUGUUUGUAAGAUAGCCCUUGGCACCAUGAAUGUGACUGUUACAUCAAUUUUGGGGGGAAAUGAAGAAAAUCAACAGUCACAAUAUUCUAAACCCACUGAAACUAUCAGUGAGGAAAAGCUGCACAAGCAAGGAGAAGUGGAGAGCUUGCAUUCCAAAGCUGACCAAGACAGAAUGCAAUUGCUGCCCAAUGAGAAGUCACCUUUUUUGUCUGCUAAACUAAUGGAUUAUGUAGAAAUUCACAAAGUCAACCAAGACGGGGCGUUAGCUGUAUUACCGAAACAGAAAGAAAAUAAUGGCAAAACUGAAAACUGUACUGUCCCUGGAACCAGCAAGGAAUAUGCAAAGGUCUCAAGAGUUGUGGACAACAGCAUUCUAGUAAUAAUACCAGUUUCAAGAGUUCAGACCACACCUAUGUUUCAAGAACCUCCAAAGGAAUCUGUUCAGAACCUUCAACAGAGUCAAACAGAGAAAAGUAUGAGCUAUUGUUUUACAACUCCAAGUGAGCGCAAAAUAGACACUGGUGGAUUAGAUUACCUGGAUCCAACUUCCUUUAUGUGCUCCUUUAAUUAACUGAAAGUUUGAUUAUCCUUCUUCAGGUAACACUACAGAGUAAAUUAAAUGCAAUUAAAAUGGAAUGUUCUAGUA